GUGAGUCUCAUGCCUUACGAGGUCCUGGCGCUCUCUCCAAAGGAGGGUUUUGCCGCCUUUGUGCCCAGAGCCAAAAACGUCUCGCGCAUCCUCGAGGAGUUCGAUGGGGACAUCACGGAGUUCAUCAAGAAGCACUGUAGCGGUUCUACCUCCUCAGCCUACGACCGCUUGUGCGGAAGUACCGCGGGGUACUGUGUGGCCACCUAUCUUCUAGGAGUUGGAGAUCGUCAUCUGGACAACAUCAUGAUGACGGAGGAUGGUCACUUCUUUCACAUCGACUUCGGUUUCGUCCUGGGCGACGACCCAAAGCCGGGUGCACCCUCGGUGAGGGUGCCUCGGGAAGUCCUGGAAGUCUUGAGGCUAUCUGGCAGAUACGACCGUUUCCGCGAACUUCUCAAGGAGGCCUUCACGCUCAUUCGGCGCACUGCCCGCUUGUGGACGGCGCUGCUUUCACUGGCGUCCAGUGCUGGCGGGAAUGGCGUGACAGUGCUGCGAGAUGACGCAGAAAGAGCCAUCCAUACUGUUCGGGAGCGGCUCCACCUUGAGCUGGAUGAUGCAUCGGCUGCUGCUGAGAUCACUGCGGAGGUUGAGCACAACGCAGCGGCCAUGCUUCCUAUCAUCUACGACAAGCUGCACCAGGCCGGCCUAUUCUGGCAUUGA